AAAGAUUGCGGCGACUUUGCAUUUGGGGCGACGAUUGUAGCAUGAAGACGCUCCGGGAUGCCCGCGCGUCCAUCGAGCUCUACGAGGACGACGACAGCGAGUUCAACCCGCUGCUCUCGCCCGCGCCCAUCUCCAAGGACGAGCUGCGUCACGUCUUCGCCCUUGGCAUCCCGCUCGUCGUCGUGCACUUUCUCGAGUUUGUACCCAACACGCUCAAUGGCAUGCUUCUCGGCCAUCUCUCGACCGCCGCCGACGAGACCCAAGUGUACCUUGCGGCCGGCGGCCUGAGCAACCUCUACUACACGGUCUUUGCCUAUGGCCUCGUCUUUGGCGUCUGCACGGCCAUGGACGCGCUCUGCGCCCAAGCCUACGGAAAGGGCAUGAAGGACGACAUUGGCUACGUGCUCCAGACCGCGUGCGUGUGCGCGCUCGGUGUGUUUGUCCCUGUCGCGCUCUUGCUCUGUUUUGCCAGCACCUUUCUCGAGUGGAUGGGCCAGUCGCCCGAGAUUGCCAAGGUGGCACAGACACUCACGCGCUGGAUGAUCCUCGAGCUGCCGUGGAGCUUCGCGUACGAGAUCCUCAAGCGUGUGCUCCAGGGCCAAAACAUUGUGCUACCGAUCGUCCUUGCCAUCGGAGUCGCCAACGUUGUCAACGCUGCGACGUCCUAUGGCCUCAUGUACCACACGUCGUUGGGCUACAUGGGCUCGGCUGUCUCCUUUGCCUUGGUGUUUGCAACCGCAGCGCUCGCGCUUGUUCCUGCGGUGCGCAAGCUACCGCACGUUCCAUUCCGUGAGCGCUGGGAGAUGACCGAGGUGCUGCACCGGCUUCCGUACUUUAUUUCACUCAGUCUCAACGGCUGGGGCAUGUUUGUGUUUGAGUUUGUCGCAGUCGCGCUCACGUCAUUCCUCGCCGGCGGCCUCCCGAACGCCAACGUGGCCAUGAGUGCCAACAACAUUUACAUGGGCUUCCGCACGCUCUUCUCGAUGGUCUACCUUGGCAUUGGCAUGGCCGCGUCGAUUCGCGUCGGCAACGCCCUUGGGGCAACCUUCCGUGCCGCGCCAAGAUUGCGGCGUGGCAAACCGUCGGGCUUGCGAUCACGUGGGCGCUUCUGACGAUGCUUGCCAUGUGUGCGCUGGGCCCGCACUAUACGACGAGCUACACGCGAGACCCGGCCAUCUACGCGGUUGCCAAGGACCUCUUUUGGAUCACGGCGCCCUUUCAAGUUCCGAUUGGGAUUUGGGCGACGAUCCAGGGCGUUUUUCGUGGCAGCGGCAAACCCGACAAGGGGAUUUGGAUCAACUUGGUCGCGUUCUUGGUCGUGGGCGUGCCGCUCGGACAUGUUCUCGCCGUGUCGUGUGGCCUCGGUAUCGUCGGUCUCUGGCUCGGCGUCUGCGUCGGGUUCUCGAUUUGUGCUGUCUACGGUCUUGUAUGGCUCUACCACGUUGAUUGGAACGACUUGGUGCUCGACGUGGACGCCAAGUUGCACGCCUAGUUGCUCCUAUAAUUCGCGCCUUUUUCUCGUUUCUCGUACAUGAGCGGCGGCGAGCU